UGGGAGACUCCACCGAGCUUAGUUUCUUGUCCAGCAACCACCAACACUUGCGUCUGUGCACUUCUCUUCCCACACUCGUCUCUCUGCCACCCGCCACCAGCCACAACCCCCCCUCCCACGAUGACUCGCACCGCGCGUUCCCUGUCGCUCCGUUCCGUGCUCAAGGAUCGCUCCGAGAGCAAGAACGGCAUGGGCAACACCAUGCGCAAGAACGGAGGCGGCGCGCACAACUGGGGCAGUCUCGAAAACGAGCGCGACCUCGAGUAUGCCGGAAUGGACGACGGCCACGCCGAGCUCGAGGGUGUGCAAGUCGAGGAUGACAGCGAUAGCCUGAGCACCGGGUCCUCGUCCGAUGACUUGGUCUCGUCCAAGAAGGCGCCUGGGUCGCCCGUGCUCGAACGCUCUGACGCGGAGGUCGCUAUGGCGCGCAAGUUCCGUAUGAACGCGCUCAAGGGCGAGAACGUCGACCUGGCCGCCAUCGCCCGCACCUCGGCCGCCAUCCCCAAGACCACCAACGUCUCUGACAUCGGGUCCUCAUCUGCCGUCCCCGUGUGAAUCUGUAAUCCGUCCCAUAAUCGUACCCAAAUACAAAUCACUAUCUGUAAAGUAUCAUCCCCUGUCGUAGUCGUCGUCCUCGCAAAGUAAACGCAUUGUUUCAUCAUCAUCCCCAAAUCGCUCGUC